AUGUUUGAUGUUACAUACUGUGUUCAUAGGAAUAGAUAUCUUCAGUUCAGAGCAAUGAAUCAAGUAACAUUGGAAACCUCCUUAAUUUCAGGAUAUCCUCCUCCGACAGUAUCUUGGACUAAAAACAACCAAGAAUUAAUUUCUUUGGAGGGGAAACUCAGUAUUAAGUAUGAUCACAAUAGAGUGGAAGUCAUUCUUAAUGAUGCAACAGUUCAAGAUGCUGGUAAAUAUACAUGCAAAGUUGUCAACAACGUGGGAAGUGCAAGUAGCACUGCUGACAUUGUAGUAAAAAAAACGUUUCUACCACCAAUAUUUGGCAGACGACUUCAAGCUCGGUCGGUUAAAGAGGGGGAAAGAGUUGUUAUGGAAGUUGAAAUAACAGGAAUUCCCGAUCCUGAUGUCACAUGGUACAAAGAUGGUCAACAAAUUUUGAGUACCGUUCCUGACUCUUCUUUUAGAACAAAAGUACAAGGAAAUUGCUAUUCAUUGAUAAUUGAAAAAGUAUCGCUUGAUAACUCUGGUCAGUACUUGGUGAAAGCAGUAAAUUCCAAAGGUGAAGCUGCAAGCAUGGCAGAUAUUGUUGUGAACAAACAAGAAUCUCCGACUGAAACAAUAAUAAAAGUCGUAAAAGAAGACAUAAGAGAGUCAGAAAUAGAGUUGGAACACACACCGUCUCCGAUAUUUUUCAAACCUGAUGCACAUUAUGAAAUUCCAAAGGAACACACUGUUCUUCCUCAACAAGAAAAAGAAAACAAAACACAAGUUUUUGCACCAACACUUCCUGUGACUCAAGAAUUUAAAACAGAAUUACAUAUUGAUGAAGUUGUUGAAAGAAACAUUUCAUCACCCUUUCUACCUACUUCACCUGUAAAAGAAAUGCAGAAAGAAGUAGAAUGUCAGUCCACUACAGAAGAAAUAAGCCCUCUGAAAGGAGAUGCAAAUGCUGAAACAUCAUUAUUAGAUCAACCUGUUGUAAAGAAAAUUCUUAUUAAUUUGGAAUUAGAACCGACAACCAUUGAAGAUAAUUCUAUGACAAGGGAAAAUUCUGUAUUUGAAUAUAAAUCAGUUUCUCCUUCAAUGGAUCAACCAGAAUUAAAAGCUGAAUAUAUAGAGAUAAAAAAUGAAAAUAAAGAGCUUCAGGGAAAUGAAGUUACACCCGUCGAAAUAGUAAAUGAUGAGCUUCGUAUUCAUCACACAGAUACAGUGCAAAGUUCAGAAGAUACUGGUGUUGAAACUGCUUCAGUAAGUAAGAAACAAGCUUAUGAAUUUUUCAUAAACAAAAUAAAAGAAUUUGAAGAAGAAAAUGCUAAGCCAAUAAUUAAAAAGCCAAUAAAAUUACCAAGCCAAGAGGUACCAAGAUUUACUGGUAGUUUGAACACAGGAAAAGAAGAACAAUCACAUGAUCAAACCAUGUAUUAUUCUAGCAUUCCUACUGAAUUAAAAUUAAUACCGUACACUGAAUCAAAAAUAUCAGAAUUUCAAUCUGACCAGAGUAUUAAUAUACAGUGUGAAACACAGAUUUUACAUCAACAGCAAUCAUCAGAUUCCUUUGUUGAAGAAUUUUGUGUUCGACAUGAGCCUCUUCUUGAAAUUGAUAACCUUUCUAAAUCAGAAAUAAAAACUAAAUCAACAGAUGAUGCUUCAACUCAAACUAAAUCUUCAGAAGAAAUAAAUAAAGGUAUUUCCCCUAUUAAAGUACCAAUUGUAUCGGGGAAUGUUUUUCAUCCUUCAGUUUCAGAAGAAUUGCAAAAUCAAACAUCUGCUAAAAACAUAGUCUUUACAUCUGCUACUAAAACAGAAAAUAUUAUUAAAAAUGAAGCUACUCCGUCAAACACCGUAGACGCUGUAGUUUUUCCAGCAGUUGAUGAUGGUACAUUCCUUUCAAAGAGCACCCAUUCUAAAACUCCAGAACUACCUAAAGAGGCCAUAACCACUAUGCAAUCCUACAUGGACUCUGUUACAUUCACUUCAUCUAAAUCAACAGAAUCUCUUAAACAUGUAUCGGUAGUGCCUGAACCAAUUUCUGUACCAGUCCUAGUUCCUGAACCUGAGCCAAUGUAUAUCGAACCUACAUCUUCAGAAUUCAAAGGAAUUCAGUCAGAGACCCCAGAAUUUUCACAAAUGGAAUCUCAAACCUCUAUAUGUGUACGAACAGAUACUGCAAUACCUCCCAGCCAACCUAUGUCACUGGUAAAAUCUGCUGUCCAUGCAUUUAAUUCAAGAUCUAUAUCAGAAGCUGUUGUUAACCAAGAACAGAUACCAAUUCAACCAAUUUCUUCCAAGCCCUUCCAGCCAUUUCCAUCGAAUACAUCUAGCGAAGGACUCGAGAAGGAAAAAAUGUUGAAGCCUUUUGAAUCCAAAUCCGAGUUGUUUGUUCAUACAUCUUCAUCUUCAAUUGAAAAAUCAGAGAUUGUUAGGAGUGUAUCUCCUAAACCUUCAGCUGAAGGUCUUGCUAUGGAAAAGUUAUGGAUUCCUCAAAUGACACGAGAACUAGAGAUAACAAUUCCAAAACCUUCUGUGGAUCAAAAACAUGUCGAUGGUGUUGUGUCUCCAAAACCAUCAGUAGAAGGUUUGGCAAUGGAUAAACUCUGGGCACAUAAACAUCCAGACUCUAGUCUAAAAAAGAUUUGGCCUCCCCCACAGCAUUCUGAGAAUAAACCAAUCAUCCCAUGGAGCACCAAAGCUACUUCAGAAAAAAUGCAGUUAACCGUUGACUCUGUUGUGGAUCAAAAAGAAGAAACAGUAACCGUAUCUCAUAAAUCAGCCGCUCAAAUGGUUUCACAGAGUGUUCCAAUACCUCCUCCAGAACCAAAUAGUUUUCAAAAUUCUGAAGCAAAAGAAACCAACCCUGAAGUGCAACAAGUACCUCCUGUCUUUUGGCAUGGGGAGAAUCUUCCUCCUACUUCCCUUCUUGCAAGUGAAUCUGGGUCUGAUGCUCUAACAGUGAAUGCAAUUAUUCCUGCAAGCCAACCUGCUCCUGUUGUACAUUAUGUUGCAAAUGCAAGUGUUAUACAUUCCGCUGCAACAAUAAAUCAGGAAAUACGGACUACAGAAAUAUUCAGAAACACAGAGAUAAAAGAAGAAAAAACUGAAGUAUCAAAACUAGUCCAUCAAUCAGAGAUUACAACUAAUGAUUUAUCUUCUACAGCGGACAAGUAUAUCAUAAAUCAAUACGAGGAGAAAAAGAUUCAGCCGGUGGCUUUAAAUGAAAGAUUUCAGGCUAAAUCAUUAUCAUGUGAUGAUUCUGUGCCACACCAGAAAGAGAAACGUGUUAUUGCUUCGGAGACUCUUAAAGAUAUAAAAAAACGCGAAGAAAAGCCUCUUGAAGAUAAGAAAGAAAAGAGCAAGACAUUACCAUUACAAAAACAACCAUUCCAACUAUUAGAUUUGGAACCUUUUCCUUUCCAACCACAAACUCCUGUAAAGCACCGACCUGCACCGUGUCCUCCGCCACCAAAGCCUUCGAAAUUUAUCAAGGGUGAAUUUGUGGAGAGCGACUAUGAAAGUGAAUUCGAAUCUCAUAUUCCUCCUAAAUGGAGGCCAUAUGAAAGUGAUACAGAAGAAUUAACAUAUCGCCGAGUUAAGCCACCAUUGUUUACUCACUCAAAAAGACCGAAGUCAACAGAACCUGCACCAUUACCUCCUUCUUCUUUUGAAAAACCACUUCAAUCUCAUGAAAUACUUCGACCGGUAAUCGAUAAAAGUUUAAAUGUUACCAAGGAAAUAAAAUCAACAUCCAGUAAAAAGACCGUCUCUGCAAGUACGACAAAGUCUUACGCACUGUCAAAGACGGACAAAGUAAAAAGACAACAAACGAGUGAAACUUCUGAAAAAGAUUUACCUGUGGUCCUAAAACCAGGUUCUCCUCCUGAAUACGUGCAGGCUAUUAUAUUGCCAAAAGCUCAAGAGUCACAGCAUCAAAUUGUAAAGACUGAAAGAGUUUCUCCUCCAAAGUACAAAUUAGAUUCAUCAAAAUCCAAAACGAAACCUUCAAAAAGUGAACUUCCUGAAAGUGGUUAUAUGGCAGAUACUGAUGAGCCCAGACAAUUUAAAUCUGCCCAUCACAAGUCGACCAUAAAACAUGAAGAAUCGUUUAAGUCGACAGUGGAGAAAACCACUGUCAUCACUGGGAAAACUAUACAGCAGAGUUCCCACAGCACAGCACCAACUCACACAAACAAAUCUCAGACUGAAACAAAAAUAAUUACACAGCCACAUUCUCAACCUCAACAGACGCAACAGAAUGAGCAUCAUCAGGUGCACAAAACUCAACAGAAAACAACUUCCAACAUUGAGAAAGCACCUCCCUCCAAAUUCCAAUCUGCAAAACUUCAUCAUAAACAUUUAGAGAAUAAACAUGAACAGAAAGGAAUGUCUUCAACAGGAUCUACAAAAUCUAAGAAGGAAAUAAUAUCAACAUUUACUUCCGAAGUACAAAAAGAGAAAAAGGACAUUAAACCCGUUCCAGUUAAACCAGUUCAUCCAGGCCCCCCAGUAAAACAAUAUGUGCGUCACUCGCUCCCCAGCCCCUCGAAAUUUGUUAAAGGAGAAUUUCGUGAAAGUGAUUACGAGAGUGAUUAUGAAUCCCGCAUUCCUGCUAAAUGGAGACCUGGUGAUUCAGAUGCUGAUGAACCGAAAUACAAGCCGGUCCAUCCACUCUUAGCACAAAAGGGCUUUUCUCAGUCUCCUCUGUUAAGUGCUAGAACGCCUACUCCGCCCACAGAAUUUGACAAUCCCCCGGAGUUUAGCGCUCCACCAAGACCCAAAUUUGAACCCAUAGAAAAACCAUCUCAAAGUUGUAAAACGGAUGUUAUUCGUAAAUCAUCCGGACAUCACCAAAAAGUGUUUAAACCUAAACCCAUCACACCGAAAACAGUUCCUCCUAUAAUAGCUACGCCUGAUUUAAAAUCAAAAGAAUCGGAAGCCUUGAAACCUGGGCCAUGCCCGGAAAUUGGAUAUGCUCCUCCUCCUCCUCCAAAGACAAAGAUAAACAUUGCUCCCUUUGAGAAAGCAACUCAAAUUGAAACGUCAAAAAUAAUGAAUAUUUCAGAAUCUACAGAACAUAUGCAUCGUGUAGUUAACGUUCAGCAAACCACACAUGUGAUUAGGUUUGGAGAAAAAGAAAGGGAAGUCCCUGAUCAGCAAUCUGAAACUUUUCCUUUCAAAACUGACCUUGUAAAACAGAGAACAAAACGCCCUGUUCUUACUACCCCGAAAAAGUUUGUCCCAGGAGACUUUUACGAGAGUGAAUAUGAAAGUGAUCUGGAGGCAGUGAAAAUAAAACCUAAGUGGACUCCUGGGAACAGUGAUACGGAGGAACCUCAUUACAGAAAAGUGAGGCCUCCACAAAUUACUCAUUCUACGAAAGGACCUUUAGCGAUUUCUUCUUCUCAACCGCCAACUGUCUCAACAGAGUCCAAUUUGGCAGCUACAACUAACACUACUCAGGCUAUAUCUAUUCAAAAGGGCGAAGUUCAGAAGAGGAACGUCAGUAGCGUAGAAAAAAUUAGAACUUUCAAGAGUGAACAAAAUCGAGGAUCUCAACCUAUUGGUAUGGAAAUAACACGGCAACAAGACAUUCAAUUGCAACCGGGAGAACCUCCAGAAUUUUGUUUUGCUGGAAAUGUAGCAUCAGUUGCUUCAUACGUGACUUCAAAACAUAUGAGUGACAUGACAAAUACAUUUAGGUCUAAAGCUCAACAGUUUGCAUCCGAUAUUAUGACAGAUGUAGGCAAUUCAAGGCCAAACACACAACCUGAGAAAAUAAUAACAAAACAAGACAAUUCUAAAGAUACUGAAUCCGAAAAAUGUUUAGAUGACCCCCAAGCAUAUCGUGAGGAGUCAAGAGUCUCAGAAUAUGGAACGAAGCACAUUGAUCCAGACACUGGACUUAUUUACUUCAAGUAUGAUUUCGGAUAUGAAUUUGGAAUAGUCUUGCCGAACGAAGGAAAGAAACAAGAAGGAAGCACAUCGAAAUAUCCACAAAUCGAUCGAAAACAGGCUGGUGAUAUAGAAGUUCCUGUAAUUCAUGAAAAAAACACUAAAGGGGACGAAAACAUCACCAGCAAAGCGACAGAAACAAAAAUCACUCCAGCGUCAACGAAAGUGCCACAAUUCAAACCCAAAAAAUUCACUCAUUUUAAGGCAGUCAAAUGGGAACCGGCAUCGGAGAGCGAAAUGUCUGAAGCUGAAGGAGAUUCUGCCAAGAUGAAAAAAAGUUACAUUUCACCUCAGUCCAAUCUUGCUAUCCAAAAAGAGCCUCACAUCCAUAUCCCUCCUACUCAGUGGGGUCCAGCUCCUACUAGUCCUUUAUCCCUUUCUCUCUCUCCAAGUUUACCAAGCUUGUCUCCCUGUACUGGUGCUACAUUGGAUUCUACAGCAUCACCAGGAGGUUCAUGGCAAGGUCUCAGCCCAAUCAAGAGUCCACGUGUUGGAUAUGGUCGAGGUAAUACUCCAACUCCACCUAGUACUCCAAGUACACCUAGGAGCACUUCUGGCAUUAUACCUCAACAUUUCUGCAAACCUCCAUCUUUUAUUACUACACUAAGAGAUAUUACUGUAAUGAAGGGUCAACCUGUUUGCUUUGAGUGUAUAGUUCAAGCCGAACCGCUACCAAACAUUUUAUGGGCAAAAGAUGGCAGAUUGUUAGAAAAUUCAUUGAAACAUCAACUUCAUUUUAGAAAUGGUGUAUGUCGUCUGACUUUAUCGCAGGCUUCUCCAGACGACUCUGGAAAUUACACAUGUACAGCUACUAAUAAAUUAGGCACUGUUAAAACAUCAGGAUUAUUACAAGUGCCAGAGGUUACUCUACAUUUUGAAGACCAAGAUGAAGCUGAAAAAGAAUAUUUUGCUCACUGGAAAGCUACAAAUGUGUGGUCAGAUGUCAACAUCCACAGCAGUGACGAGACC